CUGCAGAGCAGCUCUCUCCAGCUCACUCUCCAUUCAGCUGCAGCUCACGGCACAUGCUGGAGCACUGCCAACAGAUUGCUCAGCAUUUAACAAGGACCAGCCGCGAGAGAGAGAGAGAGAGAGAGAGAGAGAGAGAAAGUGAGGUAUUCCAUUUGUUCUCACUUUAGUUAGAUCUUACUCUCAAACCUGAAACUCAACCCAAAUACGGACAGACAGACACACCACAUACAGCCGGCAUGUCAGUGUGGAGGAUUCUCCAGGCCGUUUGCCUGGUGCGCUCGGUGAGCAUGGUGGUCCUCCAGCCCCCAAAUUAUGAUGAUGACAUUGAGGUGAGCUACUUAGACUCCUACUACAAUGAGAUCGGCGAGGGAGAGCCUAAUGUGGAGGCCCCCACCACCAAUCCGCCCCCUCCCUGCUCUGCCCCAGAGUUCAGCAAGUGGGACAAGCUCUUCACCAUGCUGGAGAACUCGCAGAUGAAGGAGAACAUGCUGCUGCAGUACUCAGACGACCUGAUGAAGGUGGAGCUCCGCUCUCUGCGAGGGGAGGUGCUGCAGUUCGUGGCGCAGUACGGCGGCUCAUGCGCAGCAGCCGUGGAGAGCGCCGCCCGCAGGGCCGGGUCGCACGCUGACCUCCGGCUGCAGCAGGCCCUAGAGCAGCUGAAGGUGGCAGCCACAGAGCAGCAGGAACAUCAGGAAGAGGCACUGCGGCGGAUCCACGAGGCUGUCCAGGAGCAGGCUGCGGGCCUGGAAAGGCUGGAGAGCAGCUGCCUUAACAACGCAGCAACAUGGACGAUGCAUGGAAAAGAGAUGACUGGACGGGCUAAGAGCUUCCAGACCAGACAUGCCACCCCAGACGGGGGAGAGAUGGACCAGGGUGCACUGGACAUCUCUGCCGAACUGCAGAGUCUUCGGGAGCAGCUGGAGCUCUACGUGAGGGCCACGUCCAGCCGCGUGCUGCCCGCAGGCUGCGACAUGGCUCUCUUCUACCCUAUGCGCUCUCCGAAGAUCCACGCUGAGAUCAUCCCCCAGCGGUCCAUGCAGACCCAUGCCUUCACAGUAUGCCUGUGGACCAAACCUACGCAAGUGCUCAACAAGACAGUGCUCUUCUCCUAUGGCACUACCGGCAACCCACUGGAGCUGCAACUGCUGCUGAAUGGCCAAAGUGCCCUCUUCACUGUCGGAGGGGAAGCCCACCUUGUGGAGGCCCGGGGGGCGGUGGAGGAGGGUCACUGGACGCACCUCUGUGGAACCUGGAGCUCAGAGCAAGGCCUCGCCUCCCUUUGGGUGCAUGGCCAGAAGGCUGCGAGUUCUCCCGGGGUGGCCGAGGGCCACGAGCUGCCCCAAGGAGGGACCAUAAUCCUGGGCCAGGAAUACUCUGUUGAUGGCCUCGCAAAGAGAUUCGGCUUCCAAGACACGUUCAACGCGGAAGCAGCUUUCACCGGGAAGAUGACCGGGGUUAAUGUGUGGGACCGCGUCCUGGGAGAAGACGAGAUAUCCCAGCAGGCAAGGGUGGAUGGGAGAAGCUGCGGCAACCGUGGUAACCUGGUUGCAUGGGGUGUGUCUCAGAUUGUGACGAAAGGGGGCGUCGAAUUGAUCUACUAACUGACUGUGUUGUUCAAAACCCCCCAGUUUCUGUAAUCUAGUUGUUCCCAAUCCCGUUCGUGGAGUACCCCUACCCUGGUGGUUUUCCUGCUCCCGAACCAAAUAAUCAACUAAUUACCAAGUCUUCCUGGGUUGAAGUGGAGGUGUUCGAGCAGGGAAACGCUAAAACGUUCAGGGAAGGGUUACUCUAGGACCAGGAUUGCUAUUCUCCAAGCAUUCUCCUUGCAAGAAAUCACACUAUACUACAACUACACAGCAACAAGACUCUACUCCAUUUAGAUAAAUGGAGUCUGCUCUCUUGGGGAGUCCAUUAGAGUUUUUCCGAGGAAUUAUACAAGAACGCUGAUGAAACCACAAGUACCAAAAAGCAAAGCAAGGAAAGAGAGGAUGGAACAACAUGCUUUUGUAAUAAGGUGGACUAUGUCUGAGCCAGCCAAGGUGGUGCCAUGAGAGGGAUGCUAUUCUAUCUUUACAAGACAUUUUGCUAAAAUAUCAACCCUAUCAACCUUUCCAAGCUGUGUUUUUCCGACUUAUUAUAUUUAUCAAAAUGUUUACAUUCACAUCUGACAAAAUUAAUGUUGCGUAAUCUUUUCGUCCUUUCGUGUUGUUUUUUUCUUUUGUCAUUUAUCUGGUGUUUUUUUUUUUGUUCUUAAGUACUAUGCAAAUGAAUAAUGCUAUUAAGGAACUUUGAUCUUGUUUUUGUUCUUAUCAUAACAAAGAACUUUGCUACAUUUUGAUAAUGGAAUCGUGUAAAAUGUUUACAAAGUCCCUGGGGACUUUACCUGUUUCUGCUAAUGUGACGAAAUGUACCAUACUGUAAAUUGUUAUUUUUUUUUUUUUUUAUGCUAAGAAGUUGAAAUGAACAUAUAUUGUAUAUAGAUCUUUGCUGUCUAUUACUGAAGGUUUGAAAAGGUGGACUUUAAUAAAGAAAACUAUUAUAUAUAGUA